AUGAUACCCGUAGCGACGAUGGCAAACUUCUGGAAUAUUCCUAUUAUAGCUUAUAUGGCUACAUCCAAUACACUAUCAAACAAAAAGAUUUACAAGACACUGAUUCGUACUUCGCUGAGGACCAUGAAUACUGUAGCUGAAUCAACUGCUGCAUUUAUAAAGCACUAUAAAUGGAAGAAGGUAGCGCUGAUAUCAAAUACUGGUGUAGCUGCUUACGAGAAGAUCAGCGUGUUUGAGCCAGUGCUAAAGAGAUACGGGAUUACGGUAACCAAGAAAAUUCUGUUCGAAGAAUCAGCCACCGUCCAGGAUAUGGUAAACAGUGGACAAUUGGAGGAAGUUCGAUCAAAUUUUGCAAUCGUGAUGUUCACAUCUGCGCGGGACCUCACCACCAUAUUCCGCGACGCUCUGACGUUAUAUGGAAUGUCCGAGACUGAAUUUGUCUUCAUCUUUCCCUACAUGCAAGAAGGAACAAAUGGAGCAUCACCGUUUGCCGGAAGCGAUAACGCCGUACUGGACAGAGUGAGGAAAACCUAUGCAAACUGUGUUUUGAUUGAUGAUACCAACGGCUUCGAUGACCGUAUGAUCACUCCAUUCCUUGAAAGACUUGCUACUAUCGGACUUGACGAGAAAGACAUCGACUUGGGCAACAUCUACGGAUAUAUUGCGCUUUUCGACUCAAUAAAAGUGUUUGCAACGGCCGGAAGAAAAGUUUUGAAUAGCACUGGAAAUUUUGCCUCAGUCAUUGAUGGGAAAUUGAUGUGGAGCGCCAUGAGAAGAAUGACCGUACCAGGAAUGGUUGCCAACUCCGGUGUCGGAAGUGGGACAGUAAUGUUGGAUGAUCUAGCUGAACGUAUACCCUACUACUCGGCAUUCUUUGUGGACAAAAAUAGAAACCAGAUUACCCCGUUUGCGAACAUCAUCCCGUCGCUCGUCGCUAAUUGUGAUGGAUUGAAAACUGGCACUGGAUGCUUCUCACUCAACGUCACCGAGGUGCAAACAUCUUUUUGGCCAUCUCCUGAUGGCAACAUGCCAAUUGAUGAGCCAGUUUGUGAGGUGAAAAAUGUGACUAUACACGAUACUGGUGAGUCCAUUUUUUGUUCAAAAAAGAGAAUAAAAUUUUUUGAAUCUCGCGCUCUUGACAGUAUGCCAUGGAGAAUCUUCCGAGACGAUAUGCAGAUUGUAGAUGAAGAAACAGUCAAAUCUAUGCUAUCCCUCGGAUCUCAACGAACCAAACUAUCCAAUACAAAUGCAAUGGCCCUAAAGAACCAUGCUGUUAUUGGAGUGAACACUCAUGCCACCUACCAUAUGUACGAGCAGAGAAGACCGAUCAAAUUUGGACGAGCUGACCUUGCUUUGCUAAUGCGGAUGAAGCAAGUCGUUCACGAUAACCUCAACCCUUUCCUUGGAAUGGCUUUCAAUGAAAAAGGUGAAGUUCUACUACUGUGGAAAUUCUGCUCAAGAGGAACUUUACAAGACCUUAUUUACAAUGACCAAUUCGUUUUGGACGAGAAGUUUCACGGAGCAUUCGUGAGAGAUAUCACCCUGGGCCUGGAAUAUCUCCAUCUGUCAAAUAUCGGCUACCAUGGUGCUCUAACAACGUGGUCCAUUCUCAUCGAUCGUAAUUGGUUGAUGAAAUUGACAGACUACGGCAUCAGCGAUGCAGUAAAUAGAUGGGUGAAACAUGGUAGUAUCAAUGCUGAA